UGUAUUAUAAGCCCGCUACCAGCAGCCAAGUAUCUAGAAAGCCUUUACGUAACGAGGAGCGACAGUGGCGCGCGCAUAUUAUAAUACACACAUAUGUACGCACGAUGCCCUUGUUGAGACGGCGACUUUGCGUGCAUUUUAGCAAGAAUUUCGAGCUUCUGUUGACGACGACGCAGACAUACGCGCACAUUGAUAAUCGGUAGUGGACACGAAUGAAGAAUCGACGAUAGUGUUGUUAUCUUGUUGUGAUUGGAUAUUUUUUGUUUGUUGUUCGAUGUAAAGUGCCUAAUAAAUCGAACAAGCUGCGAGAAGACGGCGAUUCUCAUUGAAUCCAUAUGAAUUUAAACUGCAGCUUUUGAAAAACGCCGAAACAUCAGACAUAAUUCAAUUGCAAAUUGAAUUCGACUAUUUUGACAUUUGUAUGUAACACGCGCUUUUUCCAAAUCAACCAAUUGAAUUUCGUUAGAAAGUGUCGUGCCUUUAUUGUACAUGAUGUUCCGUCUACAACGUCGUAAAAGACUACCUCGUUUUCAGCAUCAAUAAAUAAUCUUGGCGGGACAUUUGAAUGGACUGCAAAAUUGUAUGUUGGUAAGUUCGCUCGCUGCACUCUACGCCGCGCGACGAGUGAAUGAAAAACAACACGGCAGAUGCGAAAGGUCAAGCGAUUGCUUGCCACCAAUCCAUGCUCUUGACAAAAGAUAAAAAUAAAACAGCGAGUAAGAAAGAGAGAGAGAGAGAGAGUAAGCGUCUGCGGAGCAAGUAAAAUUUGCACAGCAUAUCGAAGUCAACAACUUUUCUGCGAUAAAUCUUGCCAAAUGUGAAAUUAUGAUAAGCGAUAAGAGGCGCACAAACUGUAGCAUCGAGCUAACAAAGAGAUAAAUCGAGUGCAAAUCAUCGAGGUGUACACCGAAUUACAAACAGAGUACAAUCAUAUCGAAAAAAACAAGAAAAGCUCGGCAGAGAGCAGCAGCGGCAGCAUUAUGGCUCUGAGAAAAUUGUACGGGCGCAAUUGCCGAGGCCUACUGCAGCUCCAGCAGCAUCGCGGUGAAAACGAGCCCGCUUUUGCCUCGAGCUUUCGCGAGCGUCAGUGCUUGCGAUCGCAGCAGCAGCAGCAGCAACAAGUGGCCAAGAUGGCGAGCAGCUCGACUUCGAACUACCGAGAAUCGGUCGUGCCGAAGGAAGAAGUCGUGCGAUUUAUCGCGGACUGCAUGUGCAAGGUCGGAACCACGCCCGAAGAUGCCCGCACGGUGGCUCAUCACCUCAUGACGGCCGAUUAUCGGGGCCACUUCAGUCAUGGAAUGAACAGAUUACAAAUGUACGUGGAGGAUAUCGCUAAGAAAAUGACCGACCCGACGGCCAAGCCUCGAGUCAUUAGAGAUUUUCAGGCUACUGCAUUGAUCGAUGGAUGCAACGGUCUGGGUCAAGUCAUCGGCAAGCACUGCAUGGAGCUGGCCAUAAAAAAAGCCCAACAGUUCGGCAUCGGUCUCGUCAGUGCUCGCGGCUCGAAUCAUUACGGAAUCUGCGGCUACUACAGCCUCAUGGCUAUGGAACAGAACCUGAUCGGCUUCAGCUGCACCAACACGAGUCCUCUGAUGGCCCCGACGCGAAGCGUCCGGCCCGCCCUCGGCACAAAUCCCCUGUCGCUGGGCAUGGCCGCCAACGAGGGCGACGAAUUCGUCCUAGACAUGGCCACGACUGCCGUGGCUCUCGGCAAGAUCGAGGUGGCGCAUCGCAAGUGCGAAGCUAUCCCCGAGGGAUGGGCGAUGGACACGGCCGGUCGAGUCACGACCGACGCGGAGGCCGCCUUGGACAGCUCGACUCUGUUUCCUCUAGGCGGCGAGGAAAAAAAUUCCGGCUACAAAGGCUACGGUCUUGCGUUAAUGGUCGAAGUAUUGUGUGGCAUUCUCAGCGGGGGCCAAUACGGUCCCAAUAUUCGCUCGUGGAAAAGCGACAGCAACGUUGCCAACUUGGGACAGUGCUUCAUGGCUAUCGAUCCGGAAGUUUUCGCGCCAGGUUCGAAAGACAGAUUAUCGCAUUUAUUAAAACAACUCAGGGAACUGCCAACCAGUGGCGAUGCGAGUGUUCAAGUGGCUGGAGAUCCUGAAAGAGCCGCCAUGCAUAAAGUUGAGAAAGAGGGCGGUAUCAGCUACCACGAAAAUCAACUCAAAGCCUCGGAAGAGUUUGCCAAGGAUCUCGGAGUGAAACCGAUGCAAUUGAUUAAAAAAAUUUAAAUAAAACAAUCCAAUGUAUUUUAAGAUGAACACUCGUUGUAAUUAGUGUAAGGAGAUGGGAUAUUCUCAUGAACAGAUGGGAUAUAACUCAUCAAAUAAGUCAUGGCGACCAGAAUUAUUUUGUAUUUUCUACGAAUGUUAUUUAAAGAACUAUUUUUAUAAUGUAUUUAUACGCGAUUAAAAAGACAAAAAUAUGUAGAAGA